CUUAGUUCCAUAUGUAAAAAAUGUGUAGAUUUUGACAUUUGAACUAAUUCAUACGCAUCAUACGAACAUGAUAAAAGCGAGAGACUCAUUAAAUGAUUGUAAUGAAAAACACUUCAUAUACAAAUGUGAAAAGAUGGAUACGAAUUUAUGGUUUUUUUUCUACCACAUCAGUUCUAACUAAACACGUUACUUCCUAAUCAACCGACUGAAGUUUUAAGUAGUUUAUGUUUGAUGAUUAUUUUUCAUAAGAAGGAAAUCAUAGUGUUACCAUAGAUCUACUAUUUACAUGAUACAUCAAUUUUUUAGCGGUUAAUAGCAAAGUACUGCUAAUUGAAAGACUUCCAGUUUCAAUCUAAACAGUAGAAUGAUAUCAGCUUAUUUCGAUAUAAUUUAUAUUUUCUAAUUGUUCAACUGUUAAAUAGAAUAGCAUCGAGCUUCCAUCAUUGAGGUUUACAUUAUGAGCUUUUAAGACUAUCGCACUCAGUUCUAUACAUUGUAUCAAUCCAGUAAUCUUUAUUUAUUUUUGCUUGUAUAAUUUCAACAUUUUUUUGUAAAUGGUCUGAAUAAACGAUGACUAGGGUACUCAAUUAGCUACGUGUCCGUCCUAUCAUAUUUUCUCCUUUUUUUAGUACCGAUACUUCUAAUAAUGGAUAUGUAGCAACGAAUAUACUACUAAAAUUCAUUAGUCAACCCUUGAUCCAUUAAACUGUGUUUCAAGAGAUUUUAGAAAAUAUCACAAUGUUACCUUAUUCUUUUUAAGACAGUUUCAUCUGAAGGUAAAUUUUCUAAAAGAAGUAGACAUAUCUUGGUCAAAGUGCUAGGAUUUUUCAUCUCAUCCUAGGGUUAGUGAAUAUCUAGGAAGCAUAGUUCAAGUAUGCAGCGCAUAGGAGGAGUAGAUCUCUUAUUUUUGUAAUCGUUUUUACACAUCAUAGGAUAUGAAUAAGGUUUUCCGUUUUCUUUGUUUUAAUUUUAUUAUCUACUUUUCUUGUCUAGAUUCACUUAUGACUGGACAUGCCAAAAAAUUCAUUAAAAAAAAACAACUUUGUAUUUCCUUAUUUUUUAAAAACAGAUUAACUUAUGCUUUCUAAGAAUUUCAUAUUAUCACAUGUAAAUUGGUGUCAAAUCAGUAAAUUAUCUUCUGUGAAUUCAUUUAUUUCAUUACAAUGUCAAUGGAAUCAUUCUAUUCAAUCAUAUAAUCAGACUAAUAAUAAUAACAAUGAGGACAGUAGUGAAUUUCUAGAAAAGCUUAAUGCUGCUAAAGACAAUCCUCCUAGUGGAUCAGCUUUAUAUCAAGAUGAUGAUCAUUUUUCUCCAGUUGUUUUUCCUGAUCCUAUAUUCAAUUGGGAAUCUAUCAGAACUAGCGUAAACGCUAGGCGUAUGCAUGAACGAUUCAAUAUUGAUAAAAUUAUAGAUUUAAAAAAGCAAAUGGAUGGUAUUCAUGAACAAGUAAAUGCCUUAAAAGAAGAUAGAAUUUCACUUCAAUAUCAAUAUGAACACAAUAAACAGGAUCCAGAUGAAGUUAAAGCUGCUGCACGUGCAUUACGAAGUGAACAAAAGUCACUAGAGAUUAUCUUGCGAUUUUUUAAUCACAGGAAUCUACAUUUUCUCCUCGAAUCAUAUCUUCUAAAACUUAUCUUUUAUACGACCACUGGAACUAUUAUUACUUCUACUACUUCGGGAUUUGCUUUGAUAUUUUUAACUCACUGUAUUGAUGUGGGGUAACAACUUCAGUCGAUGGACAUAUGCUCCAGUUUCUACAUUGUAUAUGAUCAUUUAAGUAAUAACAGGUUUUACUAUCACAAUGAACUUUUCUUUUACUGCAGAAAAUAUUUAAAUUCAAUUCGAGUCGGAAAAAAGUUUUAAAUUAUUGGAAUAUACGUUAACAUCAGUAUAGACAAAUGUGAUCGCCUUUUCGAUUGUUUCUAAUUGUUAUUCCUUUUCUAAAAUAUUUUCAUUAUGCUAUGUCAUCUUUUCUUAGUAGAUAUACGUUAAAUGAAGAAUAUUUGAGCGAACAAUUGUUUUCAAUAACUUCAUCAUCAGACUCUACAGUUAUAAGUCCAUAAUUAUGAUAUUUUACAAUGGCCAAAAAUAAGAUAUACGUUACUUUUAUUUUUAGUCAAUGUUUAUAUUAGUAAAUAAAUUAAUAAGUCCAUUGUCUGAUAUUUUCUAUCUAAUAGAUAUUAAAAUAACAAUUUAUAUCGAAAAGCGCGAACAUCUCGAUUUAAGUUGUCUUCGCAAUACUUUUAAUAAGUAGUUGAAGAUAUUGGUUAACAUGAUCAGUUGUAUUCAUUUUCCAUCCUCCUCUAAAUCCUAAGUAUCAAUCAGAUUUGUUUCUUUCGGACUAACAUUUCUUAUGUUUCGAUUUCUAGUCGGACCAUAAUUUAUGGACGCCUUUGAGCGACGCUGUAGUGACCUUGGGAAUGUUUACCUACGAACUAGGACUGAAUGAGGGUUAUAAACUAGUAUGAGGAAUUAAAAUUAUGGUUUAUAGUUGAUGGUUAGGGUUAGAAAUUCGAUUUAGGGUUUUCAUCACGAGCUGACACCAGCUAAAAUGCCGAGACUCUAUUUAGCCAAAUGGGUGAAUCAAUUUCGCUCUAAAGUUCAAGACUUAUUAUCUUAUAUCUGAUUGGUUCGUCCAUAAAUUCUAGUCUCGCCUCCACUAUUUUUAACACUAUUUCUAAUACUGUUCUCAUUUUGUUGAUUUCCUCUCACUAAGCUAACGUUAGAUGUGGCAAUUCAGACUGUAAACCAUUGAUAGUUACUAGUAACAAGUAAUCGAUGACAUUGGGUAAUGAUUGUUAAUAAAUUGAAGCUGUGAUUUUGGACGAUUUGAUUACAGUUUAAUGUUUUGAAGGUUUCUUAUUCUACGAAAUAUGAAAGUAUUAGGUAGUUCGAUUUUGUGUAUUUUGCUAAGUGCUUAUUAUAGACAAUACUACAACUGUCUUUGGAUUCCUGGUUUUCAGUGAUACUCCAGCUGAUAUCAAUUCGUCAAAAAAACCAUAUCUAUACUAUUCAAAUUCUUGAAAUAUGUUUGACAAACUGUUUUACUAAAUUUCAAAUCUGCAUUAUUCAUGAUUUUGGUAUAUAAUUAUAGUAAUAGGCGAUCCAAGUUUUCACAAUAUUACCUUAACUGAUAAAUUAUGUUUAGAAAUUUUUAAAUAAAUUCAUUCAUUAUCUGUUCAGAACUUCGUUCAAAUAAGUUAUAACAUUGAAAUUACGAAUCAUUCAGUUCAAUGAUGUAGUUCUAUAAGUUAAUUAAUAUUUAUCAAAAGGGGUUCUGUGGAGAUUUUAGUAAUUUCAAUAGUUGAAAUCAUGGGCCAAUCGAAGCUAAAUCACCAUGGAAAAUCUCGAAGCACUGGACGGCAGUUCGUCCUCAGCAGUGCGCAUCCACUCAUGAUUUCAACUACCGAAAUUACUAAAAUCUCCACAAAAGCCCUUAUGAUAAUAAUCAUCUGCUGAUUAGUGACUGACUUCAAGACACAUUUCCUGGAGUUUAGUGAGAAGCCGUGACCAGUGGAGUUCAACCAGGUCUGUUGUGAGAUGUCAACUCACUGAAGACAAUGGUGUACGGUGGCGCAAUUUCGUGGAAUGGUUGAAGUUAGGCAUUAACACCGUUGGGUGCUGGCUCAGUGGUCUAGUGGUUAAGUGCCCUCGCGCGAGACUGAUAGGCCCUGGGUUAGAAUCUCGCGGGGGGCGGGAUCGUGGGUGCUCACUUCUGAAGAGUCCCACAAUAGGACAAAACGGCCUUCCAGUGCUUCCAGGUUUUCCAUGAUGGUCUAGCUUCAAUUGACUCAUGAUUUAAACUAUUGUAAUUAAUAUUUAUUCACGUCGACCACUUUAUUCAACUGUUUUCCUCACAUCUUAUUUUAAUUCAGGUAUCAUUUAAGAAGUUGGAUUAUGAAUUUAAAAAAGAAUCACUCAAUUUACCCAAUAUCAUACAUUCAUUAACUCCUGUCGAUGCAAUGAAGUCACAGAAUCCAAUUAAAUCAUAUCGUAAGAAAAUUUGUACCAGUAAAAAGGUACUUUGGUCUAAUCUAGCAGAUGAUAAUUACAAUGAGGUUAUUGGAACGUAUUAUACACGUCGUUUAGCGGAAUUGGAAUACACACACAUGAAUAAAGUAAAUGACUAUUGGCUCAGUCGAAUGAACGAAGGUCAAUCAUAUAAUUAUCCUGUUUGUCUAUCAGACAUUAUUCGUGGACCGGCGUUAGAGGCCACUUCAUGGCCAAGUGUAAAAUCUGCAAUUCGAUUAAGACCGUCGAAAAAUGAUAUGUUGUUAGUGGAAGAUCCGAAUACUGGAAUUAGUAAAUGGCUCAUCAAUCCUCAUACAACUGAUUACUUAGUCGGUUCAGCUAGUCUUGCAGCUUUUUCGGCUUAUCUUAUGCUUCAUAGAGCUAAUCUGUUCACUAAUUCAUAUUUACGCCUCGUUUCUAAAGGAUCUGUUUAUAUCAACGACAAUGGAAAUGAUGUUACUCAUAAUUUAUCUGGUGAUCAAACUAAUCAACCCAGUUUCAAAUCCCCUUUUCAUCAAUCCAAACAGAUAUCUCUCCUUGAGCUUUCGAAAGAUUGGAAUCAAUGUGAAGCUGGUUUUCACGUUUUAGUUGAGGAGUUAUUCAGAUUUUGGCAACAUUAUCAACCAGGCUGGUCAUACAAAUUGACUUAUACUGAGGCUUCCAAUUUAUAUGCUUGUGAAAUGUUACGUGCUGUUUUGUAUACCGACAUGAAGACAUCAAGUGAUAUCGAGAUUUCCAUUCCUCUUGCUUCAGUUUCUUUAAUGGGCGAUUGGAUUUCAAGACGAAUUAUAGCCAAACUUAAGAAAAGUGAUAAAAUCAAUAAAGAUUGCGAAUCAUAUCCUUAUAUGGUAAUCAUUUUUGUUGUUAUGCGAUUCGUCUUUUUGGUGUUAAUGUGUUGUUCUGAUUUCAAAUAAUGAUUUUUGUCCACUAUCGGUUGAGGUUUUUGAAUACCUUAUCAAAAAAUUUAUAGUGAGCGUACAUUGUUCCUCAUUUAGUAAAUACUACUAACAUUAUUGCUUGUAAGUAGUAUAUGGUAGAAUAUGGUGUGAAAGUUGUUAUAGUCGACGGAUGGAGAGAAGAGUUUCAGUACAUCAAAAAGCAUGGUUAAGACAGAAGCUUGGAGAUUAGAAGAGAAGAAAAUAUAGAAUCAACUGGGUAGCAGAACACCCCGCAAAUGCAAAUUGAUGACUGAAGGGUGGAUGUACAGACUACAUAAACACUGCAAUUCCCUCAAAUUAACAUCACUUCUACCCAGUGGAUACAAUAUACAAAAACCUUUCAUAUUAUUUGGUUAGAUCAAGUCCUUUUUGGAUGGUUCGAAUUACUGAAUUGGGAUUCAGUGGUUCAUUUUUUCCUCUAAUUAGACACAUUAUAUUGUUGCAUGACUAGAUGAUCUUGCAUCAUUGAUCUAAAUUCUGUUAAUUAAGUUAAAAAAGACCUAUAGUCUAAUAUUUUCCUAUUCUAUUGGAAAAAUAAACAAUUGAAGCAUCGGUGAUGAUUUUAGUAAUUAUUAGUUACUAUAAACAUUUCUUGUCAGUAUUGCUAUAAUACUGGUAAUAAGAACAUUUUAGCUAUGAACCGUAUUUACUAUUUACAAACAACCAUUUGGUUUGAACUUGUAACAAGAAUGAUAUAUAACGCUGAACUACAAUCAUAUUGAACAACAAGAAGAAGAUUCCUCUGUUUUUCCAAUUGGAAUCAAUAGAUUUUACUGAUUCACUGGUCUACAUGAUUAACAAUAAUGACAUAUAACUGUUAAAAAUCAACAGUUGUUGGAGUUAUUACGAAAAAAUUUGUAAUAAUCAUGUGAUUUGAUUUUUAGUCUACAUUAUGUAUUUACAGCAACUGUUCAGUCCAACAUGGAUUCAUCAUAUGCAUAUUCGUCAAUAUUAGAACGAAUAGUUUGACAAAAAUUGGGCGCCGAGUAUAGAGAAGUCAUUAUAUGUGAGAAUUAUAUUUGAAAUAAUCUCAGCGAUUGAAAUUUAAAUAAGUCCAAAGUUUUGUCCAGCAAACUUUUCUGGAUAUAUAAUGGAUUCAUUAGUUUGAACUGCUAAAAAUGACUAAAAAACUGACGAAAUAAAUGUCCACUGUUCGCGUAAAUUGACUUCUACUUCUGAGUUUAGAGGAUGAUCAUUGGGAAAUAGCGAUAAAUUAUGAAUUUCUUUCUUUAAAAUGCCAGUUUAUAAUGAUCACGAGUGUAUUUCUUUGUGCCUAGUAACAUAGUUUGUUUCAUAUAUUUAUCAUGCGUAAAUCUUUAAGGAUGACUGAUUCUCAAAUGCAAAUUAUCAUUAUCAUUAUUUUAACACAAAUAUUGGUACAAAGAGGCCCCGAAUACAUAUGUGCCUCACAAGUCACUUGUUUUGUAUGUGGGCUGUGAUACUGUCCGGGUGCUCAGACCGAAGCAGGUGGUUUUAGGGGGGGAGCCUUCGACCUGAAGGUCCGAUCCAAAGGGCAGUGGGGCGACGUCAGGAGAUGCAGUCCCAUGGUAGCUCGUGACUAAUAAUUGGUUCAUACCUCAUUUGUUUCCCCAGGAUCCUAGAUUCCAUGUUCACUAUUGGCUUGGAAUCAGGGUUUUCGAACUCCCGAACAUGGAUCCUUGAUAUCUACCAACACGGUUAAAGUUUCAGCCAUUCGGUUUUCGUCCUCUUAAUUUCGUAAACAGCGCUUCCGCCGCAAGAAGGCAGUGAGUAGGACUUUCCUCGUAGUGGCUGAAUACGCGUGGUCGUAUGAGAGUAUUUUGAGAAGUAGAGCUGACUCUCCUCAACCUCGGUGAUUAUUCGUGUCAUCGAAACUGCGAUCUACACAAUUUUUUUAAAAUUUCAAACUUAUUACAGCAUCCAUGUUCUCCAGUAACAAGGUUUCUCAAAUGUAUUUGUACUUUCGUGGCAUCAUCUACCUUUCCAAUAUUACCGUGGGACACAUUUUCAUAUUAUUCAAAUCAUGAAUCAAACUUGACACCAGUCAAACUGCCUAAUUAAAUUUCAUGAAUUAAAUUUCUAAGUAAGACUAUAUGAGUAGAUACCCUGAACUCAUCAAAUGCAAAUAAUAGCUAAAAUAUAAAAGUCUUUUGUGUAAAAACUUUAGUAAUUAUCAACUGAACCCAAAUAAAUAAUCUUAUUUUCAUACUCUUAUAAUCCUUUCACUUGUUCAAAGGAAAUAGUCACUCUGAAUUCUUUGUGUCAUCAAUUAUUAUAUCUAUUAUUGGAAAAGUUUACGGAACUGACUUGGUUAACCAUUUCUACGUUUUCACAAAGCAAGAAUGAGAAUAUUUAAAGAAUAUGGUUAAUUCAUUGUAUUUCGUUGCUUUCUAUUUGGGUGCAUACAGUCUAAUAUGUUUAAAAACCUAAAACAAAUCAGAUGGUGAAAAUACGAUUGACGCUCGAUUAGCAAAAUUAACCUCAUCAUAAAAGUGAAAAGCUAUAGUUACCAGAGAAUUUCGAGUUUUAGAAGACACUGGAAUUAGAAAUCCUUUGAGCGCACCAACUAAUCAUGUUGAUGUAUAAAAUCUAAUGGGAAUUAUUAGCGACCCGAGUUCGUUGAUGUAUUAGAAGCACCUUUCAACGCCUCAACAGUUAUCUGUAACAACCUUUAAAAUCUCUUAGCGGAUAUUUCUUGUAUCGAAAUCCUAAUGCAUAACAUAUAAUUGAAUCAUUCUAAAUGAUGAUAUUGUUCCUGUCUUACUGAUUCAUUUUCAUUUAAAUAUCUUUAUAUACACCUUCGUAUUCCACUUCAAUUACCAUGUCACCAAAUUGUGUGAAUAUUGCAUUCCAUAGUUUUGAAACUCGUAAUUCAAGUUUUCAAACCAUAACUAAUCGAAUCACUAGACAUAGUUGACAAAUGGUUUUAUGUAAAGUAAGUUUCUAUCAUUUUUUCUUUGUGAAAUCACUAUCUUAGUUGAUGUCAGCAAACAUUUUGUGCUUUUUUUCACUAUGUUCAUGUAGGUGUUCAUGAAUGCAUGGAACUUUCAAUGUUUAUUGGAUUCAUUUAAACAAAUAGGGUAUAUGGACGAGUAUUCAUCUGUAAAUAUGGAUUGAGUUGUCUUCGUAAUUUCUAUCAUAAUUUUUAUUAUCUAAUUAACGUUUUUAUUUCGUAAGGAAAAUAACUGUAGGGGGUUUACAUUCUUUGUAUACAAUAAUCUGUGUAUUAUGUACCUUCUUUUGUAAAUGUGUGGUAUUUGAAAUAAACGAAUAAUUUUCGCAAUAUCUUCUGUCGAAAGAAUUCAGUGUUAGAUUAGUUUGAUUAGGUCAAGUUUUAUGUUAUUGUCGUAGAAAUAACGUUCAUUUGUUGCGAAGGGGAGUAAACAACACGUACUUUACCAUUUCUGGCAACAGUAAUCAAAUAAACUAAUGUUAGUAAUAGGAGUAUUCGGACGAGAGUAGAUGCAAAACAAUUUGUUAUACAUAAUUCACAAAUAAACACAUAGCCGAAAACACUUGAAAGUAAUAUUUAUUUUCAAUUCUGUCCUUAUCUUGAGUGUGCAGUAAAAUUUAAGCUUGAUUGAUAGAUUAUACAGUAAUUAUUGAACCAGAGUGUAUAAACAAAAAUGUCCUAUUUUAAGAUAUUACCAGAUGGCAAUAACCAUUGAGAAAAAAACUAGUAACUUUGGAGCACUUAUUUGCUUUAAUGUAUUUCAUUACAACAUAAAAAAUGAUUUAUUUCAAUCAUGUAAAUACUUGACAUAUAAGUACAUUUGCACCAAUGAGACCGAUUUUCAACCGUUACGUAAUCUCUCCAACGACUGGUUAUGAUUAUAAGGCCGACACUAACCACCUAGUCGACACCUGUCUACAAAGUCCUAAUUACAGGUUCGUAACUUUAUCGACUGAUGGCACAUCUUGAUUACAUAAAAUUACCUUUCAUUUUACUCAUAUAUAUAACCAGCCUUGGAUGUGGAAGAUUUUUUGUUGUUGAGCGUUUUUUACAAAUAUCUUACCCGACUCCCAAUCAACCGACUUAUCAUUGUAUGUUGCAUCCAAUCUUCUACUGUUCUACUUGUAGCAUAUGCAGUAAAAGAUACCUAAAAUGUUAACUGCGUACCUGAAAAUCAAUACAUUACUAUGUUCAUAGGUUGUUAAUGCUAAUCAAUUUCUUGCCAUUGAUGAGUUUGACUAUCGAGAAUUCUAUUGUACCGUUCACAUGUAUACUUGCGUAUCUAGGAUACUGUUACAUGACACUCAUUAAUUGUCGUAUCUACGUAAGUGAACGGGCUGGAUAUUCAUAGUUUAUUUUAGUAGAACUGGUAAUAAAAGAUUGUUAGACGAAGACAAGAAGUGCAAUAUCAUUAAUUACAUUUUUAAACUGAUUAAUAGAUACAUGUCUCUGAUACUCAAUAACUUUACUACUAAAAUCAUUGAUUUUAACAUCAUGUGUUUUACGUCUUCUCCAUUAUGUGUCAUUAAUUCCGACAAACAUUAGUUGGAUCACAACUUAAUCUUGAAUAAUUUAUCUCAGUGAAACGCAUUUAAUCACCAUAGGUUGCCAGCUUUAUGUACACAAGAGUGGUGAGGUGUAUUAUCCCUUGUGAUGCAUCUAUGAAGUCUUGUAAGUCAAACUUGCUUUAGAUAUAAAUCAAACUAAAGACGUUAAUGCAUAAUUAUCUGAAUAAUAAUCCCAGUUGAUUAAAUGCAAAGUUAUUA